CGCAAGGAUUGCGUCGCCCACGGUGCUCAGUUGAAUUCCAUUGCCGUCCAUUAAAACAGCCGACUUGGAAAAUACAAUAUCAAAGUGUGCUCAGUUUUAGCACAAGCUUGCGCGCGUUAUUAUCGUCAGGAAUGACAUAUUUAUGCAGCGAGGGUAUUGAGAAACGCUCCACGCAUGUAUAAGGUACGCAUCUUCGACCCCGCAUUGCCUGGCAAAACGGAACAAUUGGUGGAUAAUUCUCCUCGUGACUUCAUUUCAUCGCUGAAAUACAGAGGAACUCGAAUGUGUUUUCUGUCAUGAGUCCGGCCGGGUGCUCCCAUGUGAACGGGUUCAAAGUGGACAACUGGAAGCAGAAUCUGCGGGUCAUAUACCAGUGCUUUGUGUGGAGCGGCUCUGCCGAAACCAGGAAACGCAAGUGUGUGGUGGAGGAGGGCGGCUUCGUUCCAGAUGCAUUGAAGAUUACAUUCAAGGCGAAGUCAUGUAUGUGUCACAUGUGUGGAGCUCAUUUAAAUCGACUUCACUCCUGUCUCCAUUGUGUGUUCUUCGGCUGUUUCAGCAAGAAACACAUCCACGAGCACGCCAAAAACAAGAGACACAACCUAGCUAUAGACCUUUUGUAUGGUGGAAUAUAUUGCUUUGUGUGCCAAGACUACAUUUACGACAAAGACAUGGAGCAGAUUGCCAAAGAAGAACAAAGAAAAGCCUGGAAAUUGCAAGGUAUCGGAGAGAAAUACUCGAUGUGGGAGCCUACGAAGCGAGAGCUGGAGUUGCUGCGACACAACCCCAAACGAAGGAAAAUCACAGCAAACUGCACCAUUGGAUUGAGGGGUUUAAUAAACCUUGGGAACACAUGCUUUAUGAACUGUAUCGUUCAGGCUCUCACACACACUCCGCUGCUGAGGGAUUUCUUCCUGUCCGACAGACACAAGUGUGAGAUGCAGUCCAACUCUUGCCUCGUGUGUGAAAUGUCUCAGCUCUUUCAGGAGUUUUACUCGGGUCACCGCUCUCCUCACAUUCCCUUCCGGCUGCUCCACCUGGUCUGGACUCACGCUCGACACCUGGCCGGAUACGAGCAGCAAGACGCUCACGAGUUCCUGAUCGCCGCGCUCGACGUGCUGCACAGACACUGCAAAGGAGAUGAUAAUGGGAAAAAAGCCAACAACCCAAACCACUGCAACUGCAUCAUUGACCAAAUCUUCACAGGAGGCCUGCAGUCUGACGUCACCUGCCAAGUCUGCCAUGGAGUCUCCACCACAAUAGACCCGUUCUGGGACAUUAGCUUGGACCUGCCGGGUUCGUCCACCCCGUUCUGGCCGCUGAGCCCGGGCAGUGACGGCAGUGUGGUGAACGGAGACAGUCAUCCCAGCGGAGCCACCACACUCACAGACUGCCUGCGCAGGUUCACCCGACCCGAACACUUAGGAAGCAGCGCCAAGAUCAAAUGCAGCGGUUGCCAUAGUUACCAGGAGUCCACCAAGCAGCUGACUAUGAAGAGACUUCCUAUCGUGGCAUGUUUCCACCUCAAACGGUUCGAGCAUUCAGCGAAGCUCCGGCGUAAGAUCACCACCUACGUGUCCUUUCCUCUGGAGCUGGACAUGACGCCCUUCAUGGCCUCCAGUAAAGAGAGCCGAAUGAAUGGCCAGUACCAGCAACCAGUGGACUCAUUAAACAACGAUAACAAGUAUUCUCUGUUCGCAGUGGUGAAUCAUCAGGGCACGUUGGAGAGCGGCCAUUACACCACAUUCAUCCGGCAGCACAAGGACCAGUGGUUUAAGUGUGAUGACGCCAUUAUCACUAAAGCCAGCAUUAAAGAUGUCCUGGACAGCGAGGGGUACUUGUUAUUUUACCAUAAACAGUUCCUCGAAUACGAAUAAGCCGAGAUCCAGACUCGGUCCGAGUCCAAAGCUGUGAAGGGAAGAUCGUACGAGUGACGGCGUGAUGAUGGAGAGCAGGAACAACACUCGCUCGUCCCGGGACAGAAGAGUAAAAAAAUGCAGCCUUUCUCACUAAAGAACAUUAAAAACAACAAAAUAUGAAAUUAAAGAAAAAAAAAUAAAGAAAAAAA